AUGGCUCAUCUCGUGUUAAAAGCGAAAGAUGAUGUGAGCUUCGUGACGGAUCUUCCUCGUAGUGGACUGAAGCAGGAACAAGUCAUGGAAAAGCUGAAAGAAUAUUCUUCUCUAAGUGAGGUAUCCUGGGAAAAAGGGAAGGUUUCUGGGACUGUUUAUAGUGGAGAUGAGCGGCUGACUCAGCUGCUUGUAAAGGUGUAUGGAGAAUUUGCUUGGAGCAAUCCCUUGCAUCCUGAUAUCUUUCCUGGUGUACGUAAAAUGGAAGCAGAAGUAGUGAGAAUGGCAUGCACGCUCUUCAACGGAGGCCCUCAGUCAUGUGGAACAGUCACAUCUGGAGGGACAGAAAGCAUUUUAAUGGCCUGUAAAGCAUACAGAGAUCUGGCAUUUGAGAAGGGAAUUAAAUAUCCAGAAAUCAUCGCCCCUGUAAGUGCCCAUGCAGCAUUUGACAAAGCAGCUAGUUAUUUUGGAAUGAGGAUGGUGCACAUUCCCUUGGAUAAAAAAACGAUGAAAGUGGAUGUGAAGGCUAUGAGAAGAGCAAUUUCGAAGAACACAGCCAUGUUAGUUUGUUCAGCCCCACAGUUCCCGCAUGGUGUUAUUGACCCAAUAGAAGAAGUAGCCAAGCUGGCUUUAAAAUACAAUAUCCCGUUUCAUGUGGACGCUUGCUUGGGUGGUUUCCUCAUUGUGUUUAUGGAGAAAGCUGGCUUCCCCAUCCCACCAUUUGACUUCAGAGUAAAAGGAGUGACUAGCAUCUCAGCGGAUACCCACAAGUAUGGCUAUGCACCAAAAGGCUCCUCUGUAAUACUGUACAGCAGCAAGGACUACAGACAGUACCAAUACUUUGUAACAUCAGACUGGCCAGGUGGCCUCUAUGCCUCUCCCUCUAUUGCUGGCUCUCGGCCUGGUGGUAUAGUAGCUGCUUGCUGGGCUACAAUGAUGCAUAUUGGAGAAGAUGGAUAUGUUGAAGCCACUAAAAAUAUCAUUACUGCUGCACGGUUCAUCAUAAAAGAGUUGCAAAAGAUCAAGGAAAUCUUUAUUUUUGGGAAUCCAGAGGUGUCUGUUAUCGCACUGGGUUCAGAUGAAUUUGACAUUUAUCGCUUAUCCAACUCUUUGACAGCUAAGGGCUGGAACUUGAAUACUCUUCAGUUUCCAUCUAGCAUUCAUAUAUGUCUCACACUGCUUCAUACAAAGCCUGGAGUUGCACAGCUUUUUGUGAAAGACAUUCAGGAGUCUGUUGCCGUGAUAAUGAAAGACCCUGGAGCCAAAACCACUGGAGUGGGUGCCAUAUAUGGAAUGGCACAAACAAUACCUGACAGGUCUAUGGUGACGGAGAUUUCCAAAGCCUUCCUAGACUGCCUAUAUCUCACGGAAAUGCCUUCCAGUGCCAAACAGAUAAACGGUUCACCUGGGCACUAA